AACCCACAGGCAAAAAAAUAUUAAAUCCAAAUCAACAAAUCAGAAAUGUUGUAAAAAUGCAAAUCAAAUGCGAAUGCAAUAUAAUACAAAAUUAUCAAGCAACAAACUCUUUAAUAUUUUGCAUCAAGCUUAUAUAUUUUACUCAUACAUAUUUCGUUAUAAAAGUAUAUUUUUGUAAUGUUGUGCUUACAAAUAUCAUAAAAUAACCAAAAAAUUUCCGUAUAUACAACUAGAUACUGAAAAGAGAAAAAACAAAAAAACACAAGGAUUACUUUUUAAUUUUUUCUCUUUAAUCAUCUUCAUGUAUCAUAACUAUUCCUUUAUAUUUUUAUUCUUCUAUAGACCCAUAAGCAUAUAAAAAAGAGCUUCAUUUGUGCCAUAGUAUUCUUACUUUACAAUGGUAUUCUUUUUUUAUAUAUAUAUUUUUUUGUUUGCGUGUGACUCUAUGUAUAUUUGUACAAACUUUAUUAUUAUUUGUAUAUAUUAUGAUUUUACCUUACCCUCCUCAUACAUUUCUUUCACGAUUUCUAUUUCUGUUUUUAUCAAGUACUUACAUAUGUAUACAAUUUCAUCUGUUAUAUGCAUUUUUUUUUACAUUUAAUUUGCUUUUACUUGUGCUAAUACAUAUUUCAUAAAUUUUUGUAGAACAUUGUAAUAUUUUUAAAUUCUCAUAAUCAUAUUUUACAUAGAAUUGGAAGUUACAACUAGGUAAAUUGUUUCACAUAGAAUUGUAAAACGAUUUACAGGAAAUACUCUUGUACUAAAUUCUAUGCAAAUUGGUAGGUAAAUUUUAACUCUACCUCGUAACUGAGGUUAACAUUAUAUUAUUACACAAUUCAACAAUUAGAACUCAAAAGCUGGGUUGUGUAUUCUAAAAGUAUUUCACUAAUUUGAAUGCCUAGAGAAUUAAGUAAAAAAAGCUAGUACGAUGUUAAUUAAUAGUGGGCAACAUAACAGAUAUUACUUGUAAACUCUUGCACCACCUCAAGCGGCUUUAAAUACUUGAUGUGAAUAAUCUCUACUUAUGAAAUAAUAAAAACUAAACAAUAUACAUAGUUCUUGCUGGAUGACGUGAGCAUGAAUAGUGCAAGUGAUUAUUCAACAAAUUGCACAUAUUAUUUCUUUAAUUUUAAAUUAUUUUUCAAAUUGCAUCUUAAUUACAUUAUUUAGUUUGGUUUUAUAUUAUAAGAUUUUGCAAAAUAUUCCUUUCAAUUAAUUAAAAAAAAUAUUAUAUGUACCACUUUAUUUACAUAUGUAAAUUCUAUUCUAAUUGCCGUCUUAAACAAACAAAACACAAAUUUAAAAUUACAAACAAUAACACUAUAACUAAAAACUUCUUCCUCUUAAAAUUGUCAUCACUAUUUCGUUAUUAUUUCACACAAUAUUUUAUGAAAACCUACGUUAUAUGAAAAUUAUGAUAUUAAUUGAAAAAGGCCAAAGAAGAUGAAGAAGUUGGAGAAGAUGAAGAAGAUGGUGGAGAAGAUGAAGGAGGAGAAGAAACAAAACAUAUGGGAGGAAAGAAGAGUGCUGAAGAAAAAAGCAAAGAAAAAGACAAAGAGGCAGAAGGGAAGAGAAAUAUUGAAGAACAAAAGAAAGAAGAAGAGAAGAAGAAGGCAGAAGGAAAGAAUAACUUUGAAGAACAAAAUGAAGAAGAAGAAAAAAAGAAGAGUGAUAGGGUUGAAGGAAGGAAAAGUGUUGAACAACAAAAGGAAGAAGAUGAAAAGAUUAACAAUGGGAAAAUUGAAGGAAAGAAAAGUGUUGAAGAACAACAGAAAGCAGAAAAAAAGAAGACGGCGGAGGGAGUUGAAGGAAAGAAAAGUCUUGAAGAACAACAGAAAGAAGAAAAAAAGAAGAAGGCGGAGGGAGUUGAAGGAAAGAAAAGUGUUGAAGAACAACAGAAAGAAGAAAAAAAGAAGAUGUCUGGAGAAUUUGAAGAAAAGAAAAGUAGUGAAGAACAACAGAAAGAAGAAGAAAAGAAGAAAGUUGAAGGGGUUGAAGGAACAAAAUGUGUUGAAGAACAACAAAAAAAAGAAGAAAAGAGAAAGUCUGGGGCGGUUGAAGAAAAGAGAAGUGUUGAAGAACAACAAAAAGAAGAACAAAGUAAAAAAUCUGGGGGAGUUGACGGAAAGAAAAGCAUUGAAGAACUAAAAAAAGGAGAAGAAAAGAAGAAGACUGAGAAGGUCCAAGGAACGGAAAGCGUGGAAGAACAAACGGCUGAAAAAGAAAAGAACAAAGCUGAAAAGCAUGAAGCGAAAAAAACUGUUGAAGAAGAAAACGAAGAAGAAAAAAAGAAGGCUGAGAGUAGUGGGAAAAAGGAUAGUGUUGAAGACCAACCAGAAGAAGAGGAGAAGGAAAAGGUAGAAGAAGAAAAAACGCAAGAAGAAAAACAAAAAAUGGAAGAAGAAGAAAAAAAACGAGGUGAUAAAAAGGAAGUAGAGGGACCUGAAGAGGUAAGAAACAAACAACAAAAAAAAGUUAUAUAUAAAUCAACGAAUCAGAAAUGUUGUAAAAACUAUAAACAUAAAAAUGCAACUCGAAUGCGAAUGCAAUGUAACGCAAAACAACUAAACGGAGUCUCUCACACACUCUGUCAAUUUGCAUCAAACUUAUAUAUAAUACUCAUAUAUAAGUUAGUUUUUUAGGGAGAUUUAUAUCAGCAAUCAUACUGUUUAUCUCUGUUUUAAAUAAAAUAUAUAUAUAUAUAUAUAUAUAUAUAUAUAUAUAUAUAUAUAUAUAUAUAUAUAUUAUGUUACAUAAGUAGUAUUUAAUAAGCAUUUGUGAAAUGUUAUUGUGUGUAUUAAAUUAUUUAGUAAUUCCGAUUCAAAAAAGAUCAAAUAUUACAUAAAUCUAUGAAAAUAAUACACAACUAGAAAGUCAAAAAAACAAACAAAAAAUUUAAAAACACACAAGGAUUGCUUUCGACUUUUUCAUCUUUGAUCAUAUUCUCAUGUUUAUUGUAGUCAUAAUUAUAUCUUCUUACUCAUAUAUACAUACAAAGAACUUUAAUUUAUUGUGCUAUGAUAUUAUACUUUUAAUGGUACCAAAUAUAUGUAUAUAUGUAACAAUGCAUAUAUUUAUGUAUACAUGUAUGUCUGCUUUUAUUGUUAUUUGCUUUUCCUUUCUAUACCUUUUUUUCUCUUUUUCCGUUUUCCUUGCAUAAAUACCUGUGUAUAUAAUUUUUAACAUCAUUUAUUUUUAUUUAAUUUAAGCUAAUAAUAUAUUCAUAAAUUUUUGUAGAGCAUUGUCAUAUUUUCGAAAAUACCCUGACCUCAGAAUUGCAGUAAUACGGUAUUAAAAUGUUCAUACACAAUUCAGCAAUUAAAACUAAUAAGCUGAAAUAUGUAUUAACACUGCUACAAUUUUGAAAUCCGAGACAUAUUUUUAAGAUAUUUGAAACGGUAUUUACUAAAGUGCAAAUUAGUCUACAGAUAAAAAUUACUAAAUUCAGAUAUUUUAAUUUAAUUGCUGAAUAAAGUUAACCUAACAAUAGAAUUGCACUUUGGUAGAUGUUUUUUGUUGUUUUCUUUUUUUGGUUUCUAUAAUUUUUACAUAUUUUAUCUAUUGACAUUAAUUGUAGACAGAUAUAGUUCUCCAGUUUACAAAUAUACAAUAACAUAGAACUCAUAAAGAGAGAAAAUUACAUGGAAUUUACAAAUAAUUUUGUACAAUAUUUUGUUUUUGUUUUGUAAAAACAAAAUUGUUAAAUUCGAGCAUCCUGACUUGACUUCAGAAUUGCGAUAAUGCUGAAUAACUAUGCAUUCAGUACUUUUACAAUUCAGUGAAAAUGUAUAAUAUGAUAGUUGAUAGAAUAAUACAAAGUGCAUAAUAUUAGUAUAUAAUAUAAUAGUAUUUCACUAAUAUCAGUGGACAAUUAUGACAUAGCAGAGGAAGCUUACUUUUUGUAAGUAAUCUUUCUUAGGGAAAACAAAAAAUAAUAUAAUUUUUGAUUAAUGACAUUAAGUGAUUCAACAUAUUGCUUUAUUUCUUUCAUUUUUCAUUAAAUUUCAUAUUUAACUUUCAAAUUACGCACAUCUAAAUUACAUAUAGUUUGUUUUUAUAUUAAA